AUGAAUUCUGAUUCAGAAUACCUUAGGAAAUGGUUAAUUGCCAAUAAACUAAGUUUAAAUGUGGCCAAAACUGAAUUUAUAUUAAUUGGAUCUAAACCAAUGAUAAAAAGUAUCUCAAAUAAACAACCAAAAAUUAUCAUAGAAAACAAACCAAUUAAACAAGUAUAUGAUUGCAAAACUCUUGGAGUGACUGUUGACCAGCAUUUGUCUUGGAAGAAUAAUACUGAAAACGUUUGCAAGAAAAUAACAUCCGGGAUAUCAGCUUUUCGUCAAAAAAAAGAAUUUGUUGAGAAAGAUACACUUGUCUCUGUGUAUAAUUCUAUUGUUUGCCCAUACUAUACAUAUUGCUGUGAAGUACGGGAUGUGCUUG